GGUUGGUGCACCCAUGUUUGAAACUACUAAGAGUAUUGGAUUUAUCUUUACUUAAAUACUCUCAUGGCAUGCCUAGUGGAAUAGCGGAUUUAAUUCAUUUGAGAUACUUGGCUUUAAGCACCAUAGGUUCUGUUUAUAAGUUUAGAUUCUCUAAGCUUCAAAAUUUGCAAACUCUAGUUGUUUCUUCAUGGAUGGGAGGGUGUCAUUUGCAACUGCCAAGUAAUAUUUUGGAUUUGUUACAAUUGAGGCACUUGCAUCUUGAAAAAAGAUAUUCACAGUGUCUCCCAAGCUUGAUUCAAGAGAAUUUGCAAACUCUUUAUUGGUUGAAAGUUGCUAGCUCAAACCAAAAUAAAAAUUUUAAAAUGGUUCCACAAUUGAAGGAGCUAGGGAUUUACAUUGAAGGUGAGUUGGUGCAUGGUUGUCUUGAGAGCCUUGUUCAUUUACAUCUACUUGAAAAAUUGAAGGUUGAAAUAGGAAGGGUAGAGCGCUUUUAUCUUCCUACUUCUUUUCCUCCAAAUCUUAAACAGUUGACACUUCGUUAUACUUAUGUGCCAUGGAAGGAGAUACACAUUGUUGGGAAGUUGCCCAACUUGGAGACUCUCAAACUAAAGGAUUUUGCAUUUUGCGGCUCAAAGUGGGAACAAACAGAGAUGGGAUUUAAAAAAUUAAAGGUGCUUCUCAUUUCACGCUUAGAUUUCACAAGUUGGAAUGCAAGUGCUAAUCAUUUUCCUAUUUUGGAGAAAUUAGUCCUGAAAUAUUGCUGGGAAUUAAAACAAGUUCCAAUUGAUUUUGCCAACAUCGAAACAUUGAAAUCAAUUGUGCUAGAGAGUUGUUAUUCUUCUCUUGUGAAUUCUGCACAUGAAAUUAGUAAGAUGUCUACUUAUGAGAAUCAGAGGAGGGGAGAUGAACCUGCAUUCAUUGUUGAUGAUCUUGGAACUAAGAUUGACUUGCCAAGUAAUGAGAUUUUUGAAGAAGAAAGUGUUGAAUGUUCGAUGGAAGACAGCGACGAAACAUUUUGUUAAUUUUGUGUUUGAUAAAAGCUUAUGAAAAUCAAGUAAAUUUACAGAGUCUUUCUCUUCGUCCGUGUAACGGUCCGGGGUUCGGGGUCCACCCACGUUCGCUCCGGGAGGCACGGGAGCUGGCCCAGGGGAAAUCGUCACUUAUGGGAAUUGAACCCGGAUUCUCCCGAAAUUCCUCCCCACAAAGAGAGCUCACUUGCAACUUGAGCUACCCCACUGGGUUAGAAAGAUGAUCUCUGAUCUCUAGCAAUGAGGGCGUUGUUGUC